UGGCCCCGGCCAGCCUCUCUCUCUCUCUUUUCCUCCUCUUUCUCUAAAGUUCUAACUCUCCGGUAACUCUACGGUUACCGUCACUAUACCCCCCCCUCCCCCCCAAUCACCCCCUAACAGGAGAACCGGAGCCAACCAGGGACCGGCUCUGGGUCAGAAUCACAGCCGGACAUAGAGCCUGGUUUUCGGCCGGGACUCUCCGCCCCCGCCGCGGCCCUCUCUCUCUCUCCGGAGUGACGUCAUCCCGGGGAAAACUUACAAAGAGGACUACAUUAGUGAAGUGGGCGGGGCCUAAAGAUGGCGGGCGCCUCGGUGAAAGUGGCGGUUCGAGUCCGGCCGUUCAACUCCAGAGAAACGGGACGAAACGCCAAGUGUGUGAUCCAGAUGCAGGGAAACACCACCUGCAUCACGAACCCCAAGCAGCCCAAAGACGGAGCGAAGAACUUCAGCUUCGAUUAUUCCUACUGGUCCCACACCACGGCGGAGGAGCCGGGGUUUGCGUGUCAGCGUCAGGUUUACAAAGACAUCGGAGAGGAGAUGCUGCUGCACGCCUUCGAGGGGUACAACGUGUGUAUCUUUGCGUACGGACAGACCGGAGGAGGCAAGAGUUACACCAUGAUGGGGAGGCAGGAGCCGGGCCAAGAGGGCAUCAUACCUCAGCUGUGUGAGGAUCUGUUCCAGAGGACAGGAGGAAACGCUGAUCCUGACCUCAACUAUUCUGUGGAGGUGUCCUACAUGGAGAUUUACUGCGAGCGCGUUCGAGACCUCCUGAAUCCGAAGUCUUCUCUGACUCUUCGGGUCCGAGAGCAUCCGAUCCUCGGCCCGUACGUCGAGGAUCUCUCAAAGCUCGCCGUCACCGGGUUCCCCGACAUCCGAGACCUGAUGGACGCCGGCAACAAGGCGCGGACGGUGGCAGCGACCAACAUGAACGAGACGUCGUCGCGAUCUCACGCCGUCUUCACCAUCGUCUUCACUCAGAGACGAAGAGACCAGAUGACCGCCCUCGACACCGAGAAGGUGAGUAAGAUCAGCCUGGUGGAUCUGGCAGGAAGUGAACGCGCCGACUCUUCGGGGGCGAGGGGCACCCGGCUAAAGGAAGGAGCCAACAUCAAUAAGUCCCUCACCACGCUGGGGAAGGUCAUCUCUGCUCUCGCUGAGAUGCAGAGCAACAAGAAGAGGAGGAGCGACUUCAUCCCGUACAGAGACUCCGUGCUCACCUGGCUGCUGAAGGAGAACCUGGGAGGGAACUCCCGCACGGCGAUGAUCGCGGCUCUGAGUCCGGCCGACAUCAACUACGAGGAAACACUCAGCACCCUGAGAUAUGCAGACCGAGCCAAACAGAUCCGCUGCAACGCCAUCAUCAACGAGGAUCCAAACGCCAGACUGAUCCGAGAGCUGAAGGACGAGGUGGAGCGCCUCAGGAGCCUGCUGUUCAGUCAGGGGCUGCAAGAACUGCUGCAGAACACAAUGAACAACAGCAGCCCCCCCGCCCCCCCCCUCCUCCCUGCAGCAGCUGGCUCUGACAGCCAAUGGGAUGGCAGAGAAGGAUACUUUACUCUGAAAAUCUCUCUGUUUCCUGGAGCGGAGGCGGAGUCUGCGUCAGACGACUCCCCCAACGAGCUGAUGGAUGACGAAGAGGAGCCAAUCAGCAAAGAGGAGGCAGCGGAGAGACUGCUGGAGACGGAGAAGAUGAUCGCCGAGCUGAACGAGACGUGGGAGGAGAAACUGAGGAAGACCGAGUCCAUCCGUCUGGAGAGGGAGACGAUCCUGGCGGAGAUGGGCGUCUCCAUUAAAGAGGACGGCGGCACGCUGGGCGUCUUCUCCCCUAAAGGAACGCCUCACCUGGUGAACCUGAACGAGGACCCUCUGAUGUCCGAGUGUCUGCUGUACUACAUCAAGGAGGGCUUCACCAGGGUGGGUCAGCAGGACGUGGACAUCAAACUGUCGGGAGAUUUUAUUAAAGAAAUUCACUGUGUUUUUGUGAGUGAGACCAACGAGCAGGGAGAAGUGGUGGUGACUCUGGAGCCGUUAAUCGGAGCGGAGACGUACGUUAACGGGAAGCAGAUCGAGGACGCCGUCGUUUUAAAACAAGGGCACCGCAUCGUGAUGGGGAAGAACCACGUGUUCCGGUUCAACCACCCGGAGCAGGCUCGCCUGGAGAGAGAGCGCAGCGCCAAGCCUGACCUGCAGGGGGAGCCGGAGGACUGGAACUACGCCCAGAAGGAACUGCUGGAGAAGCAGGGCAUCGACAUCAAGCAGGAGAUGGAGAAGAGGCUGCAGGAUAUGGAGGUUCAGUAUCGUAAAGAGAAGGAAGAGGCCGACCUGCUGCUGGAGCAACACAGACUGUACGCGGACAGCGACAGUGGAGACGACUCUGACAAACGAUCCUGUGAAGAGAGCUGGAGACUCAUCAGCUCUCUGAGAGAGAAGCUACCUGCUAACAAGGUUCAGAGCAUAGUGAAGCGCUGUGGUCUCCCCAGCAGUGGGAAGCGUCGCGAGCCUCUGAGAGUUUAUCAGAUCCCUCAGAGGAGGAGAAUCACUAAAGACCCCAAGCGAGUCACGAUGGAGGACCUGAGGAUGCAGGCGGUGAAGGAGAUCUGCUACGAGGUGGCGCUGGGGGACUUCCGUCAGUCGAGGCAGGAAAUCGAGGCGUUGGCCAUCGUGAAGAUGAAGGAGUUGAGCCGGAUGUAUUCGAAGAAGGACCCGAACGAGAGGGACAGCUGGAGGUUUGUGUCCCAGGACGUCUGCGAUACUGUGGGCAUCGGAGAGGAGAGGAGCCCCCCCACGGAGGAGGGGGGGGUAGCGGGGGAGACGGGGGAUGGGGGGGAGAAGAAAAACAACAUGUACGACCUGAAGGCUCACAUCGACAAACUCACCGACAUCCUGGAGGAAGUGAAGCUGCAGAACAACAUGAAGGACGAUGAGAUCCGGGCUCUGAGGGACCGGAUGAUAAAGAUGGAGUCCAUCAUCCCCGUGGAGGGGGAGGAAGAGGAGGAAGAGGAGGGGGGAGGGUCUCCUCUCAGGGGGGAGGAUGAAGAAGAGGAGGAAGAGGAGGAAGAGGGGGAGGGGGAGGAGCCUGGUGGAGAGGGGGAGGAGCCCAGGGGAGAGGGAGACACGCCCCCUAAGAAGCCUGAGGUCCGGGUGAAGCGCCUGAUGGAUGAGGACCCGGCCUUCCGGAGGGGGCGCCUCCGGUGGCUGAAGCUGGAACAGCAGCGCAUCCUGAACCUGCAGCAGCAGAACAUCAGAGGGAAGCUGCGGAGCCACAACCAGAGUCCAGGUGUUCCCUCCCCUGUGGUCCCGGUCCACCUCCCUGGCACCGGGCGCUUCAUCCCCCCCCAGGAGUGCAAGCUGAAGUUCCCCUUUAAGAGUAACCCUGCUCACCGGUUGUCAUGGGGACCAGCGACCGCCGCCCUACUGGCGCUGGGACUGGGUGAGGGGGGGGAGGAAGGAGGAGGGGGGGGGGAGGGUAAAGCUUCUCCCUCACCCCCCCCCUCAUCAGGGCCUGUUGCCCCUCCCCUUCCUGCAACAAGCUCCGCCCCCUCCUCGCAUGCGAAGCCCCAGCCCUCACCGCAACUGGCAACAACAACAACAACAACAACAGCGUAACCAGGGCGGCUUCUUCAACAACCAGCACGGUAACCAGGGCAACCAGCAGCCGCAGAACCACCGUUACCGACGCAACUCGUUCGACGGCUCCGCCCACCACGGCAACAGUAACUAUGAUAACGAUCACCAGGGGCGACCGAGACAGAGGAGGGGGGCGUCGCCCGGCCCGAGAGGAGGGGGAGGGGGGAGGCGGCUUCAAUUAUAACCAACCCCCACCACCACCCCAUCAGUUCCACCCCCACCCGUACUACAGCCCCCACAAUGCACCAUUCCAGCCGGCACCAGGGGGGCCGCCGCACAACAACUACCACAGCCUGCCACGGCCCCCCCCCCCCCGACAUGAUGCUGAUGGCAGGGUGGGGCUUCAACACUCCUCCACGAAUGAGAAGGCAGUUUAGCGCACCGGACCUCAAAAACAAUAAGGACAUGUGAUCGCAGCGAGCGCUCUGGUUGGCUGCUGUGAUCAACAAGGACACGCUCAUCUGACAGCAGCGAGCACUCUGAUUGGCUGCCGCGUGUUUGUGUUUAAGCACCCUACCAACACUAGAGCAGCCCGUCACACACAUCCUGUACCUCCACUCCUGGUGUGUGUGUGUGUGUGUGUGUGUGUGUGUGUGUGUGUGUGUGUGUGU